AUGGUAAAAAUAUUGGAGCGCCCAACAGCUAUGAGCCUGAAGAAGGUAUCCUCAGUUGUUCAGCAGACGCUGGGGUACGUCGCCAUUUUCGCAGCACAGGUAAGCGGAGAGCUGGAUCCCGUGAGUAUGUACGGAUACUUUUUGAAUCUAGUUUUACGGUCACGAUGCGAGUUGCAUAUUUUUGUAUAUGCAUCUUGUGUUGCCUAUAACGUUUUCUGUAUUUGGACUGGGCAACUAAGUGCUCUUCAUGUUCGGCGGAUUUUUCUCGCCGCUCUUAGCCUCUCCUACAACCUGCUUUCAGACACCGGAGCAGAAACAAGUGCGUGGGCAGGCGUCGCAGAUGAUUCCCUUUCUGAGACGGAACUAGCCAGGCUUCAGCAAUGGGUCCUAUCAAUCACCGGUUGGAACAUUCAUCUACUGUCCUCUGACAUUGAUCGGAUUUGGGCGUCCAUUCUCAGGGGCAAGAGCAUUUCACUAUCAACCCCACCUAGCUGUUGA